AUGUGGCACCCGGCCAUGUACGGUUUUGAGCCUGAGGACUUGCAGUACAGCAGGGCCUCGCAGCCUAUCGCGCCUGGCUCAUCUUUUAACACCUGGUGGUUCCGAGGUGACAUUAACAAGCCCCCAGCCGAGGGCCAGUUUCUCGAGCUCCCCGCUGGCGGGGUGUUCACGGGCCAGAUCUCAAAUAACAAGGUGUUCACCGACUGGGGCAAAAAGCCCAAGCCCGAUAUUGGCAAGAUGGCUUCCAGCGCCGAGGGCGUUGGGCUCCUCCACACCCGCGACAUGCCCGGGAUUCCCCCCGAGCAGACCAAGGAGGUCAUGGGUUGUGGCCUGGGCAUCGCCUAUGAGUCGGACGUCCACAAGAUUCAGCCUGAGGACUUUGCCAUAAUUUCCACCAACCGCUACUGUCCUUGGUACCGUGACGUUGACUUCGCUAUCCCCAAGGACUUGCCCGCCUGCCCGCCAGGUGGCUGCCACUGCAUGUGGGGCUGGAUUCACAACGAACGCGGCGGCGGGCAGGAGAUGUACUUCACUGGCUACCGCUGCAACGUUACGGGUGCGACGGGUGUCAUCCCCAUCCCCAAGCCGGCUAUCGCGCGCAAGUGCCCGUACGACAAGAACAAUUGCACCAUUGGCGCCAAGCAGCCCCACUACUGGCUCAUGGGUGAGCGCAACAACAACCAUCAGGGAUACUCGGACGCGCCCUUCUACAACGAAGCGUACGGAUUCGCGCACGGCGCCCAGAACGAUCUGUGG